CUCACAGCGGAUAAUUCACGAACCUCCUGUCAUGCUUGUUCAGGAGGAACAUACACACGCGCGCGCGAUCCAGACUGAACUGAGCCCAGCCCCACCUCAGGAGGAGGCUGUGCUCGCUCUCUAGGUGUCUGGAUUGAGAGCAGACCGCAUUCGAUCCAUCUGAUCAUCACCAGAGCGCCUUUAAUUCGCAGUCUCAGCGACAGACAGACAGCAACACGAGUCAUGGAGACCAGACUGCCCUCCAGCUAGCUAACUGCUAUCCGACCGGAGCCCGAAAACAUGCGCUAGACAGCAGGGUUCUAUACGAAGACCGUUUCCUGUUUUCACUGGAGUGACACUGCUGUCACAUCUGGCCAUCAGAAGCUGAAGAUGCAGACUUUCCUGAGAGGCAGACGAGUGGGCUACUGGCUCAGCGAGAAGAAGAUGAAGAAACUCAAUUUCCUGGCCUUUGCAGAGAUGUGCAGGAAAAGAGGAAUAGAAGUUGUUCAGCUUGACCUGAGUCAGCCGUUAGAGGAGCAGGGUCCCCUGGACGUCAUCAUUCACAAGCUAACAGACCUGAUCCUGGAAGCGGAUCAGAAUGACACUCAGUCCCUGCUGCUGGUCCAGCGUGUGCAGGAUUAUAUUGACGCUCACCCAGAGACCAUCAUUCUUGACCCACUUCCAGCCAUCCGAACUCUACUGGACCGCUGCAAAUCCUACCAGCUGGUGCACAGGAUAGAGGAUUGCAUGAGAGAUGUGAGGAUCUGUUCUCCUCCAUUUAUGGUGCUGAACAGUGAGUGUGGCCCAGACACGCUGGAGCAGAUCAAGCAGCACGGUCUUACAUUCCCUUUCAUUUGCAAAACACGGGUUGCUCACGGAACUAACUCUCAUGAGAUGGCUAUAAUAUUCAACGCAGAGGACCUAAAGGAUGUGAAGCCACCGUGUGUCAUUCAGAGUUUUAUAAACCACAAUGCUGUGCUCUAUAAAGUGUUCGUGGUGGGUGAGUCGCACACUGUGGUGGAGAGACCAUCACUCAAGAACUUCCCCUCUGGACCGUCUGGUAAACCUUCAGCCCACACUUCAGCUCUUUAUAAAUGUUAAUUCCAUGAAAUGGAAAUCCUGCUGCGAUAUGGUUCGUUUCACCGCGAUUGGACCGUUCAGUUUGUUUAGGCGUGAUUUACGUUACAGCAUUCCCGCUGUAUAACCCAGAUGCCUUUGCAUAGCUGACUUUGCAGUGAAAAGAGUCGAUCAAAUUUUGCUGCUACCCAGUCAGCAGAAGCGCUUACCCGAGUCUGGGUUCCACUGAGGGCUGCUGUAAAGUACGGUGCGUUUGCAUAUGCUAAUGUACUUGGAGUCCAUGCAAACCAUUUACGGUUACUGGGAGAGCGACCUGUUAGUUUAAUGCAAAUUCAGGAAGUCAGCUCUGUGCCUGAACUCAUGCUGAACUCCACAAAGCACAAGUACACAUGCCUUGGCUUCCAGCAGUAUUCAAAUGAAAAAAACCUGUUUAGAAGAUUAAAACAAAGAAAAAAAAGGGAGUUGCAGUGUUUCUAAAGACAGAUCAGGCUGGUAAUGAUUUCGAAGAAUUCUACGAAGACGUGAAGAAAAAGGCUGAUGAAUUUCUUAAGCAGGCUUGUGAAGUUCUUCAGUAAGAUUUAGGAAAUCAGAGUUAAUGCUGCGGUACUUUUCAGUU